AAUGAAAAGAUUUUAUCAUUUUCUUCGCUCUCAACUGUAGCAACUUGCAGCAUCUCUCGGAAAAGACUCAGCCACCACAGAAAAAGGGCCACAACUUCAAUAAAUUAUCCGAUGCCCACUUUGAAUUCCGCCUAUUUCUUCCCAUUUCUACCGAUUCUCUUAUGCUGGUGUCGUCUUAGCUGAUGAACAUGAACAAGGCUGUGACUGUGGACGGUGAGAACAAAUUCUGCUUCCAUGAAGAGACCCAUCUCACCGUCCGCAAGACCUCCGUCUUCUUCCCCGGCGACGGCUUCAUCGCCUACGAUCCCCAUGGAGAGAUUCUGUUCCGGUUCGAUUCCUACGGCCCCGAUUCAAAACCCAAAGAUGAACUCGUUCUCAUGGACGCCGCCGGAAAAUGCCUCCUCACCCUUCUUCGAAAGAAACCAAGUCUUCACCAAAGGUGGGAAGGAUACGUAGGGGAGAAAGGAGAGCAUCAGGACCCAAUUUUCAGUGUAUGUAGAUCAUCCAUCAUCCGACGGUCGAGCCUGGUGGUAGAGGUUUUCGGUGAUCCUAAUGAGGAGUACCAAAUAGAAGGCUCUUUUCCCCAUCGAUGCUGUACAAUACACAAAACCUCUCUGGAGAAGUCAUCAAGGGAACCUGUGGCUGAGAUCAAAAGAAAGCUGGACCCUUCAACCAAUGUAAUGCUUGGGAAGGAUGUUUUCCUGCUGCUUCUCAAGCCUGGGUUUGAUAGUGCUCUGGCAAUGGGAUUGGUGCUUAUUCUUGAUCAAAUGUACGGUGAUGAUGCUUAUGAGGAAGCAGACGAGACAGGACAUACCUUAGAGGAUUCUUCCUCCUGAGUAUUUUGUGUUUUUCCAUGUUGAUAAUUUGGACAAUUUGUUGAGUCACCUAUGUUUUGUUGUUGUGUAUUAGGUGAUUUGUUGUUGUCUUGCAGACACGAAAGAGAGCGAUGGUACAAUAUUUGUUUAAUCUUA